CCCGCCCCUCCCCGCCUCGCCCCGCCCCUGACAGCGCCUCCUCCCUGACUCUAGGCGCGCUACCGACGGAACUGAUUCACACCUCAUCACUGCUUGUCUGGAAGACAGAGCAAUGCCAAAGAAGGUCAAGUCUGCAGGCGAUGGGAAGGAAGAGGGACCUGUUCCUCGGAAGCAGAUGAAGGUGGAGGCAGCUGGUGACCUUUCCACUUUAAACUUUGACAGUCCCAGUGAUCUCUUAGAAAGUUUAAUCUCACCUGUCAAGGCAGAGACUUUUUUUAAGGAAUUCUGGGAACAAAAGCCCCUUCUCAUUCAGAGAGAUGGCAGUGCAUGGGCUGCUUAUUACCAGUCCUUGUUUAGGUUCUCAGAUCUGAAGAAUCUAUGUAGCCGGGGUCUGUACUACGGAAGAGACAUCAAUGUCUGCCGGUGUGUCAGUGGGAAGAAGAAGGUUUUAAAUAAAGAUGGCAGAGUGCACUUUCUUCAGCUGAGGAAAGAUUUUGAUCAGAAAAGGGCAACGAUUCAGUUUCACCAACCUCAGAGAUUUAAGGAUGAGCUUUGGAGAAUCCAGGAGAAGCUAGAGUGCUACUUCGGUUCCUUGGUUGGCUCAAAUGUGUACAUAACCCCCGCAGGAUCUCAGGGUUUGCCGCCCCAUUAUGAUGAUGUUGAGGUUUUCAUCUUGCAGCUGGAAGGAGAGAAACACUGGCGGCUUUACCACCCCACUGUGCCCCUGGCACGGGAGUACAGUUUAGAACCAGAGGACAGGAUUGGAAGGCCAACGCAUGAGUUCAUAUUAAAGCCAGGUGAUUUACUGUACUUUCCCAGAGGAACCAUUCAUCAAGCAGACACUCCUCCAGGGCUAGCUCACUCUACUCACGUGACUAUCAGCACCUACCAGAACAAUUCAUGGGGAGAUUUUCUUUUGGACACCAUCCCGGGGCUUGUAUUAGAUACUGCAAAGGAAGACAUGGCGUUUCGGGCUGGUAUACCCCGGCAGCUGCUCCUGCAGGUAGAAACCACCUCUGUUGCAACAAGGUUAAGUGGCUUUCUGAGGACUCUUGCUGAUAGGCUGGAGGGCACCAAAGAGCUGCUUUCAGCAGAUAUGAAGAAGGAUUUCAUUACGAACAGACUACCACCUUACUAUGUGGGAGAUGGAGCAGAACUUUCAAUGCCAGGUAAAGAGUCACCGAAGUUGGACAGUAUAGUGAGACUGCAGUUUAAAGACUACGUCGUUAUUACUGUGGGGCCAGAUCAGGAUCGGUCCGAUGAAGCUCAAGAAAAGAUGAUUUAUGUUUAUCAUUCCUUAAAGAAUAGGAGAGAGACUCACAUGAUGGGAAAUGAAGACACAGAGUCACAUGGACUUCGCUUUCCUUUAUCACACAUGGAUGCCCUGAAACAGAUUUGGAACAGUUCAGCCAUUUCUGUCAAGGACUUGAAACUUAAUACAAAUGAGGAAAAAGAAAGGCUGGUGUUGUCCCUGUGGACAGAAUGCUUAAUCCAAGUAGUCUAGUACUUUCGCACAAUCAGACACCAACCUGACUUCACUGGGCAGAUGACCUUACCAAUGUGUCCUGGAACCCCACCUCUUCAGAGUCCUGCCCCACUAGAGAAAGAAAGAAACAGGCUGGGAGUACGGAUUGACCUGCCAACACCCAUGUCCAGUGGAGAAGCAGUUACAGAAGACAGAACUCCCACUGUCUGCACCCACAAAAUGACUGUGGGUCCAUGCACCCAGAGGGAUAAAGAAUAGGAAAACUUCCAAUGAAGGGGAUGGGACACGGAGCUCUGGUGGUGGGAACUGUACCCCUCUUUACCCUACAGUCUUGUGGAUCAUAAAUAAAUAGCACUGCAUUGAGUUAUGUGUAGAUGCCAAAUGGGAAAUUAUGAGAAACACAGGUGCCAUAGUGCUGUAGGAGCAAUGGUAACUUUUUAAUUUACAUUUAUUCCUUGCUGAUCUUUAUACUUCAAAAGAAGAGACCAAGCAUGUUUAACCACUUAUAUAGGUAAUAAAAGAUUGGGUAACAAUUUAAUCCCUGGGCCUGGAAUGUAUAUAGGAAGUUUUAGAACAGUAAAUCCAAGAUUUGCCUAUGAGGGUAUUUACUGGAAGUUAGUAUAUGUCUAGCCGUAUAUACUAAAUGCUUUCUGGGCCACUGUAUUUGUCGGAAUUAAUAGCCAGGAGAACUCCAGCACAUGUGUGGAAAAGCCAGGUCUUUUCUGCACCCAAAGUUCUCCUUAACAGGAUGUUAUGUAGCCUGUGCUGACAUUCACUAGAGACUUAUUUCUUGAGGUGAAAUAACAAACACUCUUUUGGGCACCAGGCAGUACCACACCUAUUACCAUGUGUAAGGACCUAAGUUCGAGCUCCUGCUUUCUCCCUUUUUAUCUUAUCAAAUAAGAAAGGGAAAAAUGGCCACCAGAAGAGGUGAAUUUGUAGUGGUGGCCCUAGUUGAUAACCCUGGUGGCAGUAACAACAACAAAAACAGUUUUUUUUAACCCUUCAAAUACAAGAUUAUCCAACACCCACUACCCUUUGGUGUGGGCAACCCUAUUGGAGCCUUCCUAAAUAAUAAAUUGUUCAUUUACUAAAGAACACUCAGAAAUUUUAAGUGUUAGAUAAGACCACUAAUGAACCUUUUACUAGCUAAACUUAUAAUCAAUUUGAGGCCAGCUGAACUUACCAAAUAGACUAAUAAGCAAAUAGAAAAAUGUGCUUUUAUCUUAUUCAAGUAAGGGGGGAGAGACCUGGUUAAAUGUUUCAAACACCUCACCAAUGUGCCUUGGAGCUCCGCUUCCCCAGAGCCCUUCCCCACUAGGGAAAGAGAGAGGCAGACUGGGAGUAUGGAUCGACCUGUCAACGCCCAUGUUCAGUGGGGAAGCAAUUACAGAAGCCAGACCUUCCACCUUCUGCAUCCCACAAUGACCUUGGGUCCAUACUCCCAGACAGUUAAAGAAUAGGAAAGCUAUCAGGGGAGGGGAUGGGAUAUGGAGUUCUGGUGGUGGGAACUGUGUGAAGUUGUACCCCUCUUAUCCUAUGGUUUUGUCAAUGUUUCCUUUUUAUAAGUAAAAAGUUAAAAAAAUGUUUCAAACAAUAGUAUAAAUACUGGAAUUCA